GUGCGCGCGCGCCCCGGGGCCGGCCGGCCACAUCUGGAAUUCAUUGCAGCAGCGCCGGAAAGGGGAGGAGAGGUGGGCGGAGCGAGCAGGGGGCCGAGGCGGCGGCUCUUCCCAAGCCCCGGGGACGCCGCCGAGCCCGGCCGGCAGCCGCAGCCCCAGACACGCCGCCCCGGGGCGGAGGGGCGACGCAGAUGCCAAGGCCUCCCCAGGCAGUGACAGCCUCCAUGGCCCGGGCCGGCCGCUAAGCCCCACCAUGGGCAACCUGUACUCGGAGUACCUGAGCCCUGACAAGGUCCUGCAGCACUACAAUUUCACCAAGGAGACGCUGGACAUGCAGGAGACUCCCUCCCGCCAGGUGGCCUCGGCCUUCAUCAUCCUGCUCUGCUGUGCCAUUGUGCUGGAGAACCUGCUGGUGCUUGUGGCCGUGGCCCGCAACAGCAAGUUCCACUCGGCCAUGUACCUCUUCCUGGGCAACCUGGCGGCCUCCGACCUACUGGCCGGCGUGGCCUUCGUGGCCAACACCUUGCUGUCGGGCCCCGUCACGCUGAGCCUCACACCCGUGCAGUGGUUCGCCCGCGAGGGCUCUGCUUUCAUCACACUCUCGGCUUCCGUCUUCAGCCUGCUGGCCAUCGCCAUUGAGCGGCAGGUGGCCCUGGCCAAGGUCAAGUUGUACGGCAGUGACAAGAGCUGCCGUAUGUUGUUGCUCAUCGGGGCUUCGUGGGUCAUCUCGCUGGUGCUGGGCGGCCUGCCCAUCCUCGGCUGGAACUGCCUGGGCCAGCUGGACACCUGCUCCACCGUCCUGCCGCUCUACGCCAAGCCCUAUGUCCUGGCCGUGGUGAGCAUCUUCUCGGUCAUCCUGCUGGCCAUCGUGGCGCUGUACGUACGCAUCUAUUGCGUGGUCCGCUCCAGCCACGCCGACGUGGCUGGCCCGCAGACGCUGGCGCUGCUCAAGACGGUGACCAUCGUGCUCGGUGUCUUUAUUGUCUGCUGGCUACCCGCCUUCAGCAUCCUCCUGCUGGACUAUGCCUGCCCAGUCCGGGCCUGCCCCAUCCUCUACAAAGCUCACUACUUCUUCGCCUUCGCCACCCUCAACUCGCUGCUCAACCCUGUGAUCUACACGUGGCGCAGCCGGGACCUGCGGCGGGAGGUGCUGCGGCCGCUGCAGUGUUGGCGCCGGGCGGCCAGGGUGCCGGGCCGGCGGAGCGGGACCCCAGGGGGCCACCACCUCCUACCCCUGCGAAGCUCCAGCUCGCUGGAGAGAGGCGUGCACAUGCCCACAUCACCCACGUACUUAGAGAGCAACACGGUGGUCUGAGGGGCUGCCCCACCCGAGGCCCCCUCCAUCCCCAC